AUGAAGAACUCCUCUACCUUUCUGGCAGCCACUCUCUCAAUGGUCAUUUUUCUCCUUCUAAUUCCUGAAGAUCUCUGUGUAAAAAUUAUUGGAGGAAAUCAAGUGACUCCUCAUUCAAGACCCUACAUGGUGCUACUUCAAGGGAAAACUAUCUGUGCCGGGGCUUUGAUUGCAAAAGACUGGGUAUUGACUGCAGCUCACUGUAACCUGAACAGAAGAUCCCAGAUCGUUCUUGGGGCUCACUCAAUAACCAAGAAAGAGCCUGAAAAACAGAUCAUGUUCGUUAAGAAAGAGUUUCCCUAUCCAUGCUAUGACCAGGACACGCAUGAGAGUGAUCUUAAACUUCUAAAGCUGAACAAAAAAGCAACAAUUAAUAAAAACGUGGCUAUCCUUCCUCUCCCUAAAUUGGGGGAUGAUGUGAAACCGGGAACUAUGUGUCGAGUUGCAGGGUGGGGUAUGUUUCACAAUAAUUCACCUCCAUCUGAUAUUUUGAGAGAGGUCAAUGUCACCGUCAUAGACAGAAAAAUCUGCAACGAUCAAAGGCACUAUAAUUAUAACCCUGUGAUUGGACUGAAUAUGAUUUGUGCCGGAAGCCUCCAAGGUGGAAGAGACUCCUGCAGUGGAGAUUCUGGAAGCCCUUUGAUAUGUGAAGGCAUUUUCAGAGGCAUCACUGCCUUUGGCCUUCCAGGGAAAUGCGGAGACCCUCGAGGACCUGGCGUCUAUAUUCUUCUCUCAAAGAAACACCUCAGCUGGAUAGCUAAGACUAUGAAACAUGCAGUUUAG